AUUUCCGCUGUGUUUGACGCUCAGCGGCCAUACUUUUACUUCUGUUCUUCAAGGGUAUAAGACGCCAGCCUAGUAAAUCAAACAUGUUCAGGUUUGCGAAAGCUGCUGUCAACAUCACCGGUCAGGCUGCAAGGCAAGUUAGGUAUGGAUCCACCUCCUCCCAGGACUUCCAUGCCAAGUAUGGCACCGGUUUGUUGCUUGGUGGGGUUGUAUUCUGCACAGCUGUGUGGUCAUAUGUGCUGACUCAGACUGGAAUAACCUGGAAUCUGUCACCUGUUGGCAAGGUCAUGCCCAAAGAGUGGCGGGAGGCUGAGGAGUAAAAAAAGGAAAGAAAAAAAACACUUGCCAUGCUUGAUCCAGUUUCCAUCUAAAACAAAAAACCUUCUGACUGUACAGAUGAACAAUGAAUAUCUGCCUGUGUGUAUUCCAACGUUCUGUGUUGCCCAAAUAAAUUAAAUAUGAUUCUCCA